AAUAUGGAAAUUGGGAGUUUUUUGAUCAACAUUUAAAAAGAAAAUAAAUUAACAAAACAAGGCCCAGGUGAAGCUGGGUAUCAUUUACCCAGAUUUGGCCACCAACAUCGUGUUGGAUGUAAACUGCGCAUCCCUAUCAAAAAGUCAGUUGACGCUCGUCGCGAUUGACGAAUCCGAAGAAGCCGAGCCGAAUGGCUCGAACGAGGUAAUGAAUAUACAAAGAAUCCCUUUGUAUAAAUUACCCUUUCGCCCGAUUCUGUUCCUUUGGUUAAAGUCGUCCGGGUUUGCUCUGUUCCGCAGCCGCUUCUCAGUAUUUAAAAGUGUCGACGAGAAAAAACCGGUUUAGUUUUUCAGAACGCGUGCAAAUACAAGUGAAGUUAUCGAUUUGUCGUUCGUUGACGGCUGUGUGCAGUAGCCAGCAACACCAGGUUUUUCUACCAGCUUCUACCGCAGCAAAUCCCGUCGGGUAGAGGUAAGCGUUGGAAAACAGGUUUUUCCAGCAGAUUUGCACAUUUUGCAAUAGAAAAACCGUAAGUAUAGUGUAAAAAGUGACGAAACUGCAGAAAUUUAAAGAGAAAGCGCUUGGUAAUUUGGUACGCUGAUACCGCCGCCAUUUCGUUGGAGGAAUAUUGUUCUGGUGGCGUCGUUUUUUUUUAGAAAUCGAAAAGGCCUUUUCGUACCACGGCAACAAUAGGAUGGUGCAAUUUUCUUUUACUUCGAACAAAGCUUUUUUUCAUCUCGGCAUUGUUGUUUUGUGUGGUGUUGUACUAAUUGUUUUCUUUCUUUUGAUUACAAAGGAUUAAUUGUACUGCUCGACAAUCCGUUGGGACUCGCCUAGAUUCAGGGAUUUCCUUUAGUGAAUAGUUCAACGGAACUGGUGCAUCGACGCAGGUUUCUGGUUGUGAUUACCGGAAAACAGGAACAAAUCCGGAACAGGUGACUGGAAGACCAGGUGGCUGAAUCACGAUGAGCAGCAGCGUAGCUUUUACGAUGGAACCAUACCGCAGAGGGGCAUCUUUUGCCGAUUGGUAUACCCGGAUGAAAUAUUUCUUCCGUGUGAACCAGGAGGGCCAAAAAACCUGCCCGGUCCAAAAUACCUCCACUACCCUAUCGCGACUUGGGAGGUGGCUCGGGCAAACCGCGGAUCAGCAACAGGGGGGGCAUCCUAGCUCAAUAUCAGCAGUGAUCAAUGGCUCAAACCAACAAUUGGGAGUAGCAGCGACAAGACUGGCCAAAGUUUAUGAAUUGGCGAGGAAGCACAACAGCGGUGAAACCGGUAGCGGAAGAGGACCAGUCAAAAGUCGUCUGGGAACCAGGCCGUCGGGCAGAUGGCAGCAGCCUUUCCGAGGAGGUCGCCCCUCUGAGUCUGGAGGUUCUCAUCGACAAGAUGGACGACCGGAUGGAUAUAGACAAUGGCUGCGACCUGAUUAUUCUCAAAUGACCUGCCACUUUUGUGGGCUGAAAGGGCACAUCCGCAAGAAGUGCUUCCGGUUGAAGAAUAUGAAUCGGGAGGCGGUUAACCUUGUUGAUUCGGCACCGGGGCCAUCGUCGGAUGUACACAUUUCCGAGCUGUUGCAGAGAAUGAGAGCGAAUGACGAUGAGUCGGACAACAGUGAUUCAGAUAUGUGUUGGAAACGCGGUCGCAAUGGCUCACAAGAGGCAGAUCAGAGUAUGUAAGGAGAAGACACCUUGGCAAGGGCCCACCGCUUUGAUCAGGGAGCAGCAACACGACACCGUACGAAGUAAUCCGACAAGGACUAGCAAUCCGACGACGAACCUCGAUGAUGAGCCGCCCUCAGGCGUACCGGCGCAGGCUCCGAAGGGAGGACGGAAGAGGAGACGUCAGGAGUCUGAAAACGAUAAUCUGGUGCUGCGAAGAUCUAAGCGAGUGAAGAAAGUAAACCGUAAAGAUGAUUUUCAUUAUGAUUGAAUUUUUUAGUGGAUUUUUCGGAUUUACAUUAUUUCAAAGAUUUUGAAUUCGAUUUUGUUAUCAAAUAGUAUAUUGUGAUUUAACUUCACUUUCUGAUUGUUUAAAAUGUUCUGAUUAGUUCAAACUAGUUUAAGGGGGAAGAAUUGUUGGAUGUAAACUGCGCAUCCCUAUCAAAAAGUCAGUUGACGCUCGUCGCGAUUGACGAAUCCGAAGAAGCCGAGCCGAAUGGCUCGAACGAGGUAAUGAAUAUACAAAGAAUCAGUCUUAUAUGAUACUCAA